CGACGAUCCUUCGAUCGAGAAAGCAAUUCGGGAGACAAUACAGUGACGUUUGACAGUGAAAGCCCCAGAAUGUACGCCAGGAUACUGGUGACGGUGGUGCUGUGGUGCUGCCUAGCGCAGGUGACCCACAGUAAACCGGACUUUGGCAUCGACAACAUGAUGAUGAACCGGACGAAAGUCGUGGAUCCGGCGCUCGUGGCAAAGCAGCGCUUUCUGCGCGUCUUCGACUACAUCAAACCGGUGCUGCAGUCCAGCAUGAGCUAUCUGAACGAUGCCACCGAAGCGCUGAAUACGGUCGCCAGUUCGGUGAACAAGCUGGGCCCGGAGCUGAUGGACAGCAUCACGACGGCGUACAACAGCCGGCAGGACGUUAAUGGUACGUUCUCGCUCAUCGACACGGUUCGGGACGAGUUUGAGGAUUUCGUCGGCAACGAUCUGCUGGUGCAGGAGCAAAGCUUGACUGCGCUGCUGAAGCAGUACGUGAGCGAUCAGCUGGAGGAUGACUUCUUCCAUCUGAUGGCACGGAUCCGGCGGCUCGUCGAUACGCUGCAUGAGCUGAAGGCGGCGGUUCAGGCCGCGUCCGAUUCGGUCGCUGGUGGCCUCAUCCCGGAGGCGGUCCUCCAGCAGUACGUCUCGCAGAAGCUGGUGAACGAUCUGAGCCGUGGUUUAACCCUCCUCGGCUACCGUAUACCCGUGCUGACCUACACGAUCCAGUCGUCACUGGAAAACAUCAAACAGGGCGAUGACUAUUUCUACGGCCUGUCCGUCGAGGCCGAUCGGGUGCUGCAAGAGAUCGUCAGCACCGGCACAACGUUCUACCAGCAGGUAUCCGUUUACCGGACACCGGUCGAGGCGGCUACCAGCCAGUUGAUGACCCAGUACCGUGGUCUAAUGUCUUAUGCAGUCGCAACGGUCGCACUGUACGCCAAUAAUUCUCUGGUGGCACCGAUCACUGAGCUAAGCUCGAUUCUGUCCACGCAGCUGAACAACACCAAACUGAACUUUACCACCAACUAUCUGGCCGGUGUGCUGACCAUCUCCCAGCUGCUGCCGAUCGACACGAACUACUACUUCCCCCCCGGUAGACAUCCAGCCGAGGUGCUCGUCCAAACGUUGAUCGCUAACUGGAAGUUUUCACGCUACUGCUUCUGGAAGUACUCGGGGACGCUUUACAAUCUGCUGCUCGUCUCCAACUACGCCAGCGAGUGCUACGAUCGUGAGGUAGAUCGUCUGCUGACGCUCCGGGAUACGCUUGCGCUCGAGAUGCAGAUGAUGGCUUACAAUCUGGAGGUGGCGGCGUACGCGGACACGUGCAUGUUUUUACCGGAGAGCGCCAACCGAGAGACGGAAUGUGUCAACGAGUUCGCCGCAUACUACCGAGCACUGAACAGUAACUUUGCGGCCCGGUUCGCCACCUUCCUGAAGUUGGUCGACAUUGAGCUGCUGGCUUGCAGUGGCCGGUUAUCCGUCUGCUGGGAGACACGCGUCCAGGAGUCCAUAUUCUACUUCGAUAAGAUUGUGGAGGAUAUUGAAAAGUGCGGCUUGGACGGACCACUCGCUUAA